AUGGUUUGGCUGGACACGGACUUGAUGGGCGAGGCCCCGGGCCCCAAAGCUCAGCAUGGGCUGCGCCGCUUUCUCCCGCUGGAAACCAAUGGGGAACUGCGUAGCAUUGUUCACGGGACAACGCAAGCCCGGGGCGCGCUGAUGAAGACCGCAGAAGGAGAAGCAACAUGCCCCGCCCCAGGCGAAUUGAUCUGCGUCCACGAUGGCGGCCGCAAGAUCAUGCCCAAGGUCCGCAAGCUUUUCCGCCCCAUGACAUCCAAAUGUGAAAUCUUGGACUGUCAUGAAAAGCAGGCCUCCAUCAUCUUUAACGAAGAAACCAUGCGAGCGCGGAAGCAGCGCAUCAAGAGCUCUGAGGCCUACACGUGCCAAACCUCAAUGAGCAUGUUCACCCGGAGCACACUGGUUCCGACCAUGAUCCCAGAGAAGCGCCGCGCGCACUACCAGGGCUACAACACAGGCGAUGUCAUUGGCUGGGUGGACGCCGUGCCUGCCAAUGCUUUGUGGGAAGCGCCUCGGCCUGCGAAGGAACAAGUCCUGGGCAAGAAGACGCUGACACUGACCGCCGCCGAGGAAGGCAGCCUGAGCAAGGAUCAGCAGCAGCUGCGGGCAGCAGAGGGCCGCCUAGAAACGGUCUUCAGCGGCACGCGCUUGCCGAAGCAGUUCCACAGUGAGCUGCUGGCGUCGCUGUGCUGCCAAGGCGUUGUAGAUCUCACACCAGGGCAAGGGUUCCUGGAGCAGGCGUGCUUGGAUGCGCGCGUGCCAGUUCUGGCGGUGUGCCUGAGCGCACGCGGAGGCGCUGGAAGAGCGCCUGACGAGGUAUUGCUUGUCCAAGUUUGUGGAGCAAGGGCACACCCUUUACCGAGAGGGGGCCAACAAGUUCUUGAAGCCAGACGGCGCCAUAAAAGAGGACAAAGGCGACGAUGA